UGCACGUACACGUAAAUGGAAAUCAAAACAGGCGACGGAAGUUUGAUCGAUAGAAAUCAAGCGACUGUUCGAUGCGCCAAUGUUUUCGGCUUUAUAGGAACGGCAGCAAGCGCACAUUCACACAUAGAGUCUAAGCGGACGAGAGCGUCGAGUAGCAGAUAUGGAGGAGCUGCAGGAUAGUAGUAUACACCAUAUGACAGCUAAAGUAAUUGCUGCCAUCAAGAAUACCAAGUGUUAUGAGCCCAUCUACAAUGAACUGCAGCGUCUGGUUGCCAGUCCCAGCGUCGAUAAGAACGAUAUGCGCAACACGCUGGAGGAUGCCAUCAAGGCGGCGGGCCUGGAGACAGAAAUACGCAAUAUGAUAUUCAAUUUGGUGCGCAGUCGCCUAAAGAAGAUCGAAGUACCAGAUGCGAGACUGACGCCGACCGAUCCGUUGAGCUACCUGAAGCGUGCUGGCGUCCUGUGGGAUCGGCGUGUGAGAAAGAGUCUAAACGCCAUGUGUGGAGAAUUGAAGGUGCCGCUGCAUGGCCAGCCGCGCAUUAGUGCCGAUCGUGAGGAUUUCAUUGCCAAAUGGAAUGAGCUGAGCAACUACAAUAUGGAUCUGGCCAACUAUCGUCCGGUCUAUGCGCCCAAGGAUUUGUUGGAGGUCUUGCUAUCGCUCAAGGGACCCUCGCGACCCAACGAAAACAACGAUCAAAUUCCCCAAUGGGAGUUCUCACACAUUGCGCUGCCUGUGAAGAAUCUGUUUGAGCUGCGCACGCACUAUGCGGAUCUGUUGCGCAACGAUCCUUACGGCGUGCACGAUCUGGCGGUUCAGUGCCAGCGCAUCCUGGACAGCAAGCUCGCUCCCAUGUGCCAGCAGUACCUGAAGAAGGGCGCCACGCCGGCUCCCUAUCGUGGCGCCCUUUGGGCGGCUGUGCUCGACAGCAAGCUGCACGACUUUGACAUUGAGAACUGGCAGAAGCUGCGCAACACCGUUUGGACCACCGAUCACAUUGUCGACAAGCUCGUCUUCAAGGACAUACAGCUGACGGCGUCCAAUGAUGACCAGUAUUUCGUAUUCGAGGACGUACUGUAUCAGGUGCUAUUGUGCUUCUCGCGUGACACGGAGAUCGCCAACUGUGUGGAGUAUGAAACAUUCCCGGUGAAGGGCAAGACCUACGAGGGUCCGCCGUCGGGCGUGGUGCCGUUCCAUGGCAUCUGCAUGUUUGCCGCACCCUUUUGCUAUCUGUUCGAUUCGCCCGUGAGCCUGUACUAUACAUUUCGUGCCUUCUACAUACGGUACUGCCAUCGACUGACCACGAUCAAUACGCAUCCUCAGGGCAUCGUUAGCCUGUGCCUGCUGUUCGAGAAGCUGCUGCAGACCUACGAGCCUCAGCUGUGGUCGCAUUUUCGUGAGCUUCAGAUACAGCCUCUACGAGUUGUAUUCAAAUGGCUUAUGCGCGGCUUCUCGGGUCACUUGCCACCGGAUCAAUUGCUAGUUUUGUGGGACUUGAUACUUGGGUUUGAUAGCUUAGAGAUUCUGCCGCUGUUUGCCAUAAUUAUAUUGAGCUUUCGCAAGGAUAGCAUCAUGCAGGUGUCUUCACUUGAUAGCAUCGAGGCUAUUUUGGCAGAUUUAUCGUCCAUUAAGGUACUGCCAUUGGUGCAGCUGGCAUUGAGUCGCGACUAGGUGUAUACUUCGUCCAUUACAAAUUGAAAGUACGAAAUUAUCGAUGAGUUUCAGACACUUCUCGAUAGUUCAAUUAAAAUUUACCUUGUUUUAUUUGCCGAAACGCAUGCGAGCACGCAGAGAAUAUGUGUAUUAAAGAGUUGUGACAAGAUCUGAACAAUGUUCCAGACAAACUAA